GAGGAUCGGCGGGCUCGGAGCCGCGCCCCUGAGUCCCCGAAACUUCCGAGCGGGCGCCCGUCCGCGCCGCUGCCGCCGCCGCCGCGUUGCCUGCCGGCCUGAGAGCGGGACCAUGGAUGAAAGGUUCAACAAGUGGCUGCUGACGCCGGUGCUCACUCUCCUCUUCGUGGUCAUCAUGUACCAGUACGUGUCCCCCUCCUGCACCAGCUCCUGCGCCAACUUCGGGGAGCCGCCCCGCGCGGGGGAGGCCGGCCAGCCCGCCGCCCCCGGUGCCGCCCGCCGGGCACAGGCGCCGCUCGAGGACCCGGAGCGGCGGCCGCAGCUGCCCCCGCCACCCCCGGGACCGCCCGAGGCGGGUCGGGGGGCCGUGGCGCCGGAAGACGAGGACGAGGAGCCCGGGGACCCGGAGGAGGAGGGGGAGGCAGAGGAGGAAGAGGAGCCGGACCCCGAGGCCCCGGACAACGGCUCCCUGCCCCGGUUCGUGCCGCGUUUCAACUUCACCCUGAAGGACCUGACCCGCUUCGUGGAUUUCAACAUCAAAGGGCGCGACGUGAUCGUGUUCCUGCACAUCCAGAAGACCGGGGGCACCACGUUCGGCCGGCACCUGGUGAAGAACAUCCGCCUGGAGCAGCCCUGUAGCUGCAAGGCGGGCCAGAAGAAGUGCACCUGCCACCGGCCGGGCAAGAAGGAGACGUGGCUCUUUUCGCGCUUCUCCACCGGCUGGAGCUGCGGGCUGCACGCCGACUGGACGGAGCUCACCAACUGCGUGCCGGCCAUCAUGGAGAAGAAAGACUUUCCCCGCAACCACAGCCACACCAGGAAUUUCUAUUACAUCACCAUGUUGCGCGAUCCAGUGUCCCGAUACCUGAGCGAGUGGAAACACGUCCAGAGAGGGGCUACCUGGAAAACCUCCCUCCACAUGUGUGACGGGAGAAGUCCCACCCCUGAUGAGCUUCCUACCUGCUACCCCGGAGACGACUGGUCUGGGGUUAGCUUGCGGGAGUUCAUGGACUGCACCUACAACCUGGCUAACAACCGCCAGGUGCGCAUGCUGGCCGACCUCAGCCUGGUGGGCUGCUACAACUUGACUUUCAUGAACGAGAGCGAGAGGAACGCCAUCCUGCUGCAGAGCGCCAAGAACAACCUGAAGAACAUGGCCUUCUUCGGGCUCACAGAAUUCCAGCGGAAGACACAGUUUCUCUUUGAGAGGACAUUCAACCUCAAGUUCAUCUCCCCCUUCACGCAGUUCAACAUCACGCGGGCUUCCAAUGUGGAGAUCAACGAGGGAGCCCGCCAGCGCAUCGAGGAGCUGAAUUUCCUGGACGUGCAGCUUUACGAGUACGCGAAGGAUCUCUUCCAGCAGCGCUACCACCACACCAAGCAGCUCGAGCACCAGCGGCAGCGGCAGAAGAGGAGGGAGGAGCGCCGGCUGCAGCGGGAGUCCAGGGGCCACCGGUGGCCCAAAGAGGACGGGAACACGGAGGGCGCCGUCACUGAGGACUACAACAGCCAGGUGGUGAGAUGGUGACCCCCUGCGCUCUCCUCCCUCCGCGGCGGGAGGCUGAUCAGGUGCACUGACCUUCCUAGGUGGCAUUGCCUUGGAGACUGCUGGGCCAUUCUGAAGGCAGCUGGCCGUGGGCGGCUUGAGCUGGACGCAUCCCAUGCUUCCUCUUUGUCUUCAUAUUACCCAGAAGGAGAUGACGAGGCUUAUUCUUUUCCUCCUGACAUUUUCCAGUCUGGGGUAUUAAGUGGGGCGAGAAUGCAUCCGGUGUCGAUUGCGCUGGAAGGUCGAGGAGAAAGGCGCCAACGAGGAAACAGUCCUUGCCAUCUCCUCUUGCAGCAGCACCGGUUGUAGUCCGGGCGACUGGCAGCCGCAGAGGCAGACAUGAAAAGCCGAAUGAUGGCUUGGAUGUUCUGCUGAAACUGGUGUGUUUCAUACUGUCUCUGUAAUGGAAAUAUUGGCCUGUUUCAAGAGAGAGGGAACAAGAAGUCCCUUUCAACCCUUUGAUGAUGAGGUUUUCGGCCAGCCCUCACUUUGCUGUUGGCUGUCAUCUUUGAACUCUGUUCGAAUGUGGUUUAAAUCAUAAGAAGAGUAGUGUGUUUUGUUGCAGUCUUUCAAAGCGAGAUUUUUCCACCCUUGACCAUCACUAGAGACUCACAUCGUACAAAGCCCUGCGUCCUAGCCCUGAACCAUGUUUUCUCCCCUACUUUUUAGGGAAUGGCAAGACAGGGGUGCCUGUGGCCCCAUUGGUAGGGGCGUUUGGGAGAAAAUGUGCUUAUUAACUAAUGCCUAAGGAGAUCACAAGUUACCAAGUUUUAUUUGCGAUGUAAGGAAUGAAUGCUAAGGGGAAAGAGAGUGGGAAGAUCAACAUAUGUCUACCAUUUCCAAACUGGCUACAGAACUUAGUUUUAUUCUUUUUUUAAAGAGCAUUUCAGAGUUUCGUGUUUUUGGAGCUGUCGUCUUCUUUGAUAUGAAACUGCCGGGCUUGAAUUCUGCUGUCACAGAGGGAGAGACGUUUCAAAGGAACUGGGUCUGAAGAUGGGAGCUUAGCUAGGAGGCAUACAAAAGGCCCCUAAAUAAACAAUAAUUUUGAUUUAGGCCAGGAGAUACGGAAGACAAGGGGAUGGUUAUCCCAGGAGUUUAAAAAGACCCGAUCUCCAAAAGUCUUGAAUAUUUCUAGCCUGAUAACCUUUUCCUCCUCCCGCCAUGGACUCCACCUGUUGCUAGACUGUGGCUACAGCUGGCGAAUCUGGCUACACUCACAGGGUGUCCAACCUGUGGCCCAUGGGCUGCACGCAGCCCAGGAUAGCUAUGAAUGGGGACCAACACAAAAUCGUAAAUUUAUACUUAAAAUGAUACGAGAUUUUUUUUCGUUAGUGUUUGUGUCUUUAACAUGUGGCCCAAGGCAACUCUUCAUCUUCCGGUGUGGCCCAGAGACACCAAAAGUUUGGACACCCCUGGUAAGAGUGUAUGAAACCGAACCAAAAAAAAUGCACCACAUUGCCAAGUAUUUCUUAUUUUCACCUUUUUCCAGUCACCACUACAAUAAUACAGAGUGGGUUUUUUUUUUAAUGACAAGGGGAGACAAAUGGGAGAGGAAAUAGACAGCCCUUGCCUACCCUGUAGGAGGAGGAUCAGAGUGAGUAAGAGAAGUUUCACAGCAGAUUGAUCUGAUCAAUCCCCUCAAGGAGCUGAAGGCAAAAUGAGUGAAACUCCUAAAUCAGAUUGAAAGCCUAUUUCAUUGAUAUCCAGUGCAUUUGAUGUUAAAGCCAGCUUUGUCUAAGCCACGUCUCAGCCUCCAUAACACUCUCUCCGGGGUUGAGAGUCCAUCAACUCACCGGCAUCUGUGGAGUGCCUGCCCGCACCGAGGGGGGCCUGGUGCCUCCAUCAGGGAGAGAUCUGGGGAGGUUGCUUAGGGACGUCUCUCCCUGCCCUUGGCGUCAUCUGUCGUGCGAGGGAAGGCAUUACUGGGGACCUCCCUUUUGCCAGGAACUGCGGGAGGCCCGUGUCCUACCUUAAAUCUCUUCACCACCAGUUAUAUUUUAUCAGUCCCAAUUUCACAGAUGAGUACAGGGAAGCCCACGGACAAUAAGUAGUUUCUCGUGAAUCACGCGCUAGGUCUGGGGACUGCAAAGUGCAAGCUCUAGGUGCUCCAUCAUGGUUUCCACGUGGGGUAAAAGCUUCCUGCCAAGCACGCGAGAAUCCAGCCGCUAUUGCCCGGGAACGUAUAUCUCUGUCCCUUAUGGAUGGCACAACUGUGACAGCACCAAGUUGGCAGUGACCCAGAGCAAUCCGGCAUUGGGUGAGUCCAGCCCUUUCCACAUCACCGACCUAUCAGUGAGCUCAGAGACUGGUGAUUUUUAAGGCAAUUGUGCUUUUGAGCUGUACAUAAAGGUGAGUUCAAGGGGCCAAGUACAUACAGGGUCUGACACAAAUAAUGCUCCCUCUCUAUUACAAAAUCUUCUAUUACAAAAUUAUAAGCAUGUAAUUUUGGAACAUAACAAUAUCACACUCAAGCACACCGUAGGGCAUGUUAGGUGAAAUGUUCAAAUGAAAACUAUAAAUUAUUACACCUGUAUUUUGACCCUACCAACCACACUCAGACAGGCCUUACUUCUGCCAGAGCCUGUGUCGCUUGUUAGUUGGUAGAGAUUAGGCUGACAAAAUAUUAAUGUUUCCUUUUCCAGUGAUUUGCUCCUAAGGUAGGGAUGGAAGGAAGAUUGCCCCUGGUUUAAUGGGAAGCUCUCUCUCUCUCUCUGUCUUCACAUUAGCUGUCAGGAUCUAAUAUCUGCCUUGGAUGGCAGGUCUGCAAAUUAUCCUCCCGGCUGCUAUUGUGACACACACAGGCACCUACGUGUGCCCACAUCCACACACGUGUACGCACAUCCACACACACACACGCAUGCACCAGAAUGGUAAUCCAGUACUUGGUCAUGCAGGAAAUCAAAACAAGUUAGAAAGCAUUGAGAUAGUUUCUUUUAAACUCACUUUAAAUUUUUGGCAGGGAAUGUGUACGUAGCUGAGACUUGGAGGCAGCCUCUGAUAACUUCACACCGUUCCUGAGGCACCUCGGCAUUCAUAUCAAAAGCCUAUCUGUGGCCUUGCUGCUACAGGCGUGAUGCAUGGUGCUCCACUGGAGACCAGAUAUCAGGAUGUGCAGAGGAGAAACCAUCUCUUCCGGCCGGCCCGAGGCCGGUGCUGAGCAAAUUAAAAAGACCGACAAGGGCUUUCUCCUCAUAUCAUUUCACUCUAAAGCAGCACGCUUGUUAUGUCCCUGGGGUCCUGUGUUGAUAGAAACGAUGAGGCAGGGGCGCAGUUUGUUCUCCGAAAGCUGACUGCGCACCUACAUGCUGAGCGAAGCUCAGGGAAGCGACGCCAACAGCGGGCAUCUGGGCCUAAGGGUCCAUGGGAAGUCGUCAGCCUGAAUCCCUAAACCAAAACGCUUCCAGACACGUCAGUGUUCAAAGCCCAAGAAGAGAGAAACAAUAUUCCCCAGGGACUUCCACUCCUACUGACUCCUGUAGCUCCCAAGUCGGUAUUCCUUUUCGUCCCUGGACAAGGGCAGCCCAGGAACCAGAUUGGGAUGAGGUGUCUCUGCACCUGUGUGUGUAUGUUCAAGUAAUUAUUAUUAUUAUUAUUAUUAUUAUUACUAUUGACUGAGAUACAUAAUGUCUAUUCUGCCUCAUUUACUGGCAGUCUCCUCUUGGUAACUGAAGAAAACACUGAGAAUUAUUUGGAUUCCCUUUCUGAUAAUUAAUAACAUUAGCAAUGAGUUUGAGACAACAGUGAAGGGUAUCAUGUGUGCUGUUCAAAUUUAUUAAAAUGUAUUUUUAUCAUCUAAAUGAGGUGACUGUCGUAUAUAAUUCAGCCAAAGGUUUGAAAUACAUGGAUUUGUUCAAAAGUCAUUAAAGAAGUAGUAUAAAUAUGGCAGAGAAGGUCUACCAGAUAGACCUAAGGAGGUAAGCAUAGGUCAUAAAAAAAUAAGUAUAAGUGUAUUAGAUAGCAUUCCCAUGUGGCUGAUUUAACAAAGAAACUCAAAAUGAUAGCGAUUUCAGUAAGAGGGAAGAAUUGUUCUCUCAAGAGACAAACAGAUUGGAUAACUCUGGUGUGUGACAUUACUGGAAGCCAGCACCCUCUCUUGCUUUUUCAUCCUAAUGUGCAACUUCCACCUCAUGGCCCAAGACAACUGCUUCGGCUCCUGCCAUCUCAUCUACAUUUAAGACAGCAGAGAGGCAAUGGACGAAAGUUGCACAUAUUACUUUUAGUCACAUGUUAUGGGCUAGCACCUAGCCAUUAGCUACAUUUAGCAGCAAAGAAAAACAGGAAAUGUCUUUAUUAUUGGUUGCCAUGUGCCUUGAUCAAUGUGAAGGUCCUAUCAUUAAAGACACAAUGUAAAAAUUAAUACUGAUAAAACUAUUACUUUCUGACACAAAAGGGAAUUUAAAAAAUAUUUCAAGUGCUUUUCAAUGUCAGCUAUGUUGUCAUAUGUUUUACAAUGAAUAAGAUUAAAAUUCGUAACUUUAUAUAGUAUCUGAUGCUUUUUAAACACAUUUUUACACUUAGCAUCCCAUUGCUUUUCACUACACCCUUAGAUGUCAGAUAGAACCUCUUACUCGUCACCCGUUAGAUAGUGUGACAUGGACGUUCAGAGAUGUAGGAAGACUCCCCAAAGAUUCUCGUUUACGAACAAGAAAGCUGCUCAGAGUCCAGUCUCUUGACGUCACAGCCUUUCCUACUACUUUCCGCUGCUCAGCCUCCCUCGGGUUUGGGAAUUGAAAAGAUAUCGACCUAAAUCCUUACUGAUUUACAUCUCUCCUUCCCUUUUCACGGAACUGCCGUGACUUAGGUGAUGCCAAGGAGACUGGCAGAGUCGGCCCUUCAGGCCCUGCUUCUGGUGAGGGAGCCUGUGAUCAGGGGUGAGACGGCAAACGAUUGGCAAUAUUUCAGGGGCCGCCGCAAAGCACAGGCACUCCCACGCUUCCUGCUGGACGUUCACCCCGUCCAAUCCAAAAACCACUCGAGGGGGUGCCAAGGGGAUGUGCUUAUACCUCCUUGGGGAAGCUCAGUGUAUAAAUAUGAAGAGUCAGUAGCAGCCUGAACAGUGAAGCUUCAGGGGUGAUCAGUAGAACCCCUUCUCUAACAAUUUCCCUUCCUCUCUACCUCUUCCCUGGUCCCUAGAAUUUUAUCAGCCACUUCUUUCUUUGGUUCUUAAAGUGGGUUUUUUUGGGGGGGGAGGAGAGGAUUGUUAAAUGAGUUUCUUUGCACAUUUGCUAGAGAGAGGAAAUGCCGUCGGCUGUCAUGAGUGAACACCGUCACACAGAGUGUGUCUGAUUCCGUUCCAACCAUGACCUCUGGCUGAGAGGAAGGUCCUAUAACAUGGGAUCAUGCAGCAGCACCGGUUAGGGGGAGUGGGGAUAACCACAGAAAAAAAAAAGCAGAGCUCCUAAAAAUAGAGAAGAUGUUGUACAGGUGGGAAGAUGAGGAAUGAAAUAUGUGCCAGGAAAUACUGAAACAUAGAGGAUGACUCGUGUACAGCUCCUGUCCUCAAGAACAGGGGCAGGCUGGGGACCGUAAUUCUUUUGGCUCAUGAGACAGGACAAGUGCAUGGGGACAGUUCUGGGGACUGAAAUAAAGGCUGAAUGAGUAGGGCGAGUUGGCUCCAAGAGAAAGCUGGGCGGGACUUAAGAAUCCCCUGAUCCGAUCACAGCUGUGUCUCCAAGGCUUUUCCUUUCCCAUAGUUGCUGCGCCCUCACGGGCCGCGGGAGUCCCACUCGAAGCCUCCAUCCAGGCUGGCUGUCAGGGCGGGCUGAGUCUGAGGACUCCAGGCAGCUGUGUCAUCUCCAGGGCGCCUGCAAAGGUUCUUUCUCCAAGACACUCCCCGCCUUCUUCUUUUCGAAACCCCUUCCUCCAUCUCUACUGGACAUAACCCUGUUGUUCUCUGACCACAUUUCCCUGGACUCAAUUUGAACGGAUUCCCUAAAACUUUGAAUCAGCCCUUUUGGGCAAGUGGGUGGGUCCGGAAACCUCUGUGUUUUGUAGCCGAAUGGAUGGAGUGCACAUGGACCCGUCUUCACAACACUGGACUGAACCAACCGACCUUGCGGAGGUGCUGAGAUUUCCGGAGGACUGGCCUUGCUACGAACACCAGCAACGCCUGCAAGGCGGACACCCCCGGACUUCCCCGCGAGGACUCGCGGUGACCUAACUGAGCUCCGGACCCGAGGAGGCGGGGCGCAGAUGUUUCUUGAGCUUGCGUUGCACGUGGUCUAUGGAAAAGACUACAGCUGUCAUCCUUGGGCUCAUGAAGCGGCGUCUCCGUGCGUCCAUUCUGCGGCACUGUGCUAACUCCUCAAAGGGCCGGAUAGCCGUGCUGAACCACCUCAGUUCUCGACAGGGAAAACCACGUUCCGAGGAAGCAGACUUUGUGCGAUUUGGUCACUGUCACCUUUGUCUCCUACCAACUUGUCACUAUUUUUUUAAAUCAUAUGAUCAGCUUUUCUCUUCUUUCCUUGUUUUUUUUAUUCCCCCCAGAAGUACUUGCUGCGUUUUGCUUGCAUUGUUUUUCAGUUAAUGUAUCAAACUUAUUGUAUUAAAUUUUCAUUUAAUGUAUCAAAGAUGAAAACUGUUGGAAAGGAAAAUCAGAACUUUUAUCUGGUGCCCCAUUUUAGAUGUAAAGAUAGUUAUAUUCAAUAGAUAGUAAAUUAUUUCUCCUAAGAGAUAUUUCCUUUUGUUUCUGUGCAACAAUAUGUAUGAACUCGGGUAUUAGGAGAGUGUAUUGUGACAUUAUCAAUCCUUAUUGCUAUUUAAAAAAAAACGAUAGUUUGUAGAACUGAGGAUUUCCAUUGAUGUGAAGCACAAUUUAAUGAAUAAGUUAACAUAUUAAACUGUGGUGAUGUCAAGAA